AUGGAGGGAGACAGUGUCCUGAACUCCACUGUAAACACCAGCGCAAUGGAUAUCCACCUGGUCCCCCACAGUCUGUGGGAGGUGAUCACCAUUGGGACUGUGUCGGCCAUCGUCAGCCUCAUCACCAUUGUGGGGAAUGUUCUGGUGAUGCUCUCCUUCAAAGUCAACAGCCAGCUGAAGACGGUGAAUAAUUACUACCUGCUGAGUCUGGCAGCUGCUGACCUCAUCAUAGGUGUGUUCUCCAUGAAUCUGUACACCUCGUAUAUACUGAUGGGCUACUGGGCCUUAGGGAACCUCGCCUGUGACCUGUGGUUGGCGCUUGACUAUGUCGCCAGUAACGCCUCGGUCAUGAACCUGUUAGUGAUCAGUUUUGACAGAUAUUUUUCCAUCACCAGGCCUCUGACCUACAGAGCCAAGCGGACUCCCAAACGAGCUGGGAUCAUGAUUGGUUUGGCCUGGCUGGUGUCUCUUAUUCUGUGGGCCCCACCUAUUCUCUGCUGGCAAUACUUUGUAGGAAAACGGACUGUCCCUGAGAGGCAAUGCCAGAUCCAGUUUUUUUCUGAGCCUGUGAUAACCUUUGGGACAGCCAUUGCUGCCUUUUAUAUCCCCGUAUCAGUGAUGACUAUCCUAUACUGUCGAAUCUACAAGGAGACAGAGAAGAGAACCAAAGAUCUGGCGGAGCUGCAGGGGAUUAACUAUCCCACUCACACUGGGGUCCCCCCGCCUCAGAAGACCAUUAUCAGAUCCUGUUUUAGCUGUAAAUUGAGGUCGGCUUCACAUGACAGGAAUCAAGCUUCUUGGUCCUCCUCCAGCAGAAGCAAUGCGGCCAAAUCCGCAGCCACCACCAAUGACGAGUGGUCCAAAGCUGGUCAGCUGACCACCUUCAACAGUUAUGCCUCGUCCGAGGAUGAGGACAGGCCUGUGUCUCCGGGGGUCUUCCAGCCCUCCUUCAGGAACCAGGCUUGUGAGACCAUCAAGGGUGGAGUGGGCAGUGAGAGCGAGCAGCUCAGCAGCUAUGAAGAGGAUAGCUUCUUCCAGACGCCAGCCAAAAGCAACUCUCAGAAGAUCGGCAAGUGUGUGUCCUACAAGUUCAAGCCUGUGGCCAAAGACGCUCACGUGGAGCACCAUAGCAAAAACGGAGACACCAAAAUGGCGUCGUCGACGUUCUCCUCCGCCGAGUCCAUGAGCGUCCCGUCCACCUCCUCGACAUCUAAGCCCAUAGACGCCACGCUGAAGAACCAGAUCACCAAGAGGAAGAGGAUGGUGCUGAUCAAGGAGAGGAAGGCAGCUCAGACUCUCAGUGCCAUCUUGCUGGCCUUCAUCCUAACAUGGACACCUUAUAACAUCAUGGUGCUUAUUUCCACCUUCUGCUCAGACUGCAUUCCCCUCUCACUCUGGCAUCUGGGCUACUGGCUCUGCUACGUCAACAGCACGGUCAACCCCAUGUGCUACGCCCUUUGUAACAAGACUUUCCAAAAGACCUUCCGUAUGCUCUUACUUUGUCAGUGGAAGAAGAAAAGGAUUGAGGAGAAGCUUUACUGGUAUGGACAAAACCCUGUGGUUAGCUCCAAGUAG